CUGGAACGGUUUCUCCUUAGAAUACCAUAUGGUACCAGUGUGGUAUUGCGUAAAUGCAGAGCGAAAAGCAGGGAUAGAACUCGAACCGCCUGUGAUUUUUCUGUUUUGUACAGAGUUGGUGAUAAUGAUGGCGGGGAAGGUCAGUUACCUUUUUCAAAUUGUCAGAAGGUCAGUUACUAUUAUACCCCUACGUGUAUUUGCUAUUCUACAUCCGACGGUUAAUAAUGGAGUGCAAUGGACGGCCGAUCCGGUGGUUACUGAUAGUUACUCACCGGUAGGUUACUUACAGGAACUGCUCCCGGGCGUAGGGGAACGACGCUCUUUUUGUUUUAUUUUAAUUGUUAAAUAAAUAAGUUAGGUAAUUACCACCUUAUCCUUCAUUAAAUUAGAUAAAUUUAAAUCAUUAAAUUUUAAUGAGCUUUUAUGGCUGAGAUUGACUUAGUCUCACCUGAUCUUAGCCCAAGUUUGGGACAAAUACGAGCGAGUCUCGGAUCCCAGGUGAGAAGAACGCGUGCCCUCUUGUCUCCGUCUUUUCCUCAUCAACAGCUCGCUUCUCUUUCCCAAACAGAACCCUUUUCGUCCAGCGUCUUCUGAUGCUUCUUCGUGCUCAACAAUGGCGGGACACAACGACGACCCGGUUGACGUCUUCUUAAAAGGGGACGCUCCCUCUAUCCCUCACUCCUCUUCCUUGAUAAGUCUCAAGACCCACAAAUUUUGUUCCGAGCCGUUGUCGAUGGUUGUAAUCCGUGAUUCUUCUCCAACCAGCAGCGCUGAUCUCUCAAUUUUCCCACCUAGCAGCCAUGAAAAUCUGGCCCCUUCAUCAUCUCUUUCUGAUCACCAGUCGCUGCGGCAGUUCUGCUCCUCCGCAUCUAGCUGCGACUCGCCUGGUCUUCUCAUCAAUCUGGAACCGCAAAAGGCGCCGCUAUUAGCUUCACCGGUGUCUCCCUUCUUGUAUCCUCGAUCCAAUUCAGGCCCAUCCUCGUCCGAGCAAUUCGAUUCCGACCCAGACGGAUCAUUACCACAGUCUCCGCUAUCGUAUCCCUCGUCGGAAGUUGAUCUCCCGUCGUCACCGCUGCUUCCCGUGUCAGCGCCGCCCAGAUGGUGGGGAGUAGCUCUUCGGAUCAUCCGCAGCAAGGUUGGGAAUUUUGGGUCCCUUCUUGGAGGGGAGGGCAACCCCAGAAGCAGGGGUGUUUGGUCGAUGGGGAAUUUUGGGCUGCCGGUAGCCGCAGUGUCAGUUAUGUGGUGGUUGUGGUUGAGAGAGAGGAGGAGGAGGAGAAGGCUACAGCAACGAAACAGCGUGGGGCAGUUGGUGCAGGUUAUGAGAGAGAAGGACGAGAAAAUUGUUCAGCUCCUAAAUCAAAUAGCUCAGUUGAACGAGUUAAUAAUAGGACGCCAUAAAUUGUAGCAGCCAGGCAAAGGGAUAUGAUAUGAGUGAGAAAGAAAGGGAGGAUGGAUGGGCAAAUUGGAUGGGACCUCCCUGAGUCUUGACUAACGAGCAAUGCUAAGCAAUGAAGGCUUGUUUUUCUAUGGCAUGGCAGGCAGGCAUCAAUCAGUCUUUCAUCACAUUGGCUUGUUAGUACUCUGAAUUAGUGUGCAAACGGGAGCCCAGGAGAAGAAGCAGAAAGGGAAAUAAUGAGGAUGAGAGAGCAUGUAUUGUUGGGCUGCAAGAGCUGCUGUACGUAGCUGUAUUAAUCAUUCAGCUCCACUUGUGAUAUUCGCAUAGCAGCAGCUACUGGUUGCGGCACAGGCCACUGAGUCGCUACAUAGACAGACAUCUCCUCUAUGUCUAUCUAUAUGUGGAAGCCAGGAGUCCAGAUUAUUUUUUAGGAUUCAAAUGCACAUUUUAUACCCGUUUAGUUUUUUCGUUUUAGGUUUUGGUUGAAUUGAUGCAGAAAGAUGGAGCAUGUUCUAUUUGAUCUUGGGUUGUAGGCUGAUGAUGAUAAAUGUUUAUUGUUAUGUAUUUUGUAUUCUCGAUGGAUCCCAUGCUUUGCAGUUACAUGUAGCAUUGUUUGGUUUUCACAUCACAUAUUCCCUUGAUGCCAAAUAUUAUCUAUUUUUUAUGAAUAAUCGAUUACUGCAUCUACUUAAGACCGAGGAAUCGGCUUACGCAAACAAGUGUAAUAAGAGCCUACUUCCAACGGAGGCAAAGAAUAGCAACAAGUUUUUGGCUAUACAGCCUCGUCUUCUACUUCCCACUUGAUAUUCUCAAGUUCAUCAUCCGAUAUGCAUUGAGUGGAAAGGCAUGGGACAACCUCGUCCAGAACAAGGUACGCUAACAGAAACUCCGACAAUCCUCAUUAUGAAACUAAACGUGUUUGGACAGAAAAAAUUGGUUGCUAAUUAUACAUCUAAUUAUUUAUAUUUAUAUUUUAUACCUGUAGACUGCUUUCACCAACAAGAACGACUUUGGAAAAGGCGAGAGGGAAGCACAAUGGGCAGCGGCUCAGCGCACCUUGCACGGGCAAGCAACAAGUUAACUGUUCAGAACAGUUCACAACAAAAACAGGAGAAGAAACUUAACCUCUGCCCUUGUGGAAGAAUCAAAUCCUUAAGCUUGUUAGUUGUUAUCCAAGAAUUUGUUUAGAAAUACUGUAAUGAAAUGAACAUAUUUUUGGCUCUCUUUAGCCCUGUCUCUUGUCCAGUUGUCCCUAUGAGGUCUUCCUCCACUAGCAGGCGGACGCCGGACUAAUCCUGCUACGACUUUGAAACCAUCACAGACGAAACUAAACAGUAAAAUUCGUGCCUAGCAUAUUUUUUCAGCGAAUCGAGUCUUCCUUUUUUAUGGGAUCUCCUCCUGUCUGUAUUAUAUAAGUGAAGGGGCGGCCGGACCCUCCUGUUUUAAACAAAGGCAAAGUCCGAGU